CCCUCUCUCCAGGAGAAAUACCAUGGAACCUAAGCAAGAGCUCUCGUAUUUCCUCACCCAGCAAGCAAGCCACAAAGGUAGUUAUUAGAUAACUCCUCAGGCGGGGACUCAUGAUUCAAAACCUUAUAGGUUCCCUAUUAAACAUACCUAGGAGGCAAGUAUAUAUGACCGUAGCUAGGUAGGUAUUCCUCACUUAAUAAAACAUUAUAUUUCAAGCUCUCCGUCAUAUACAUUUCACCCAUAUAUCAUACAUCUUACAGGCAUUAUCAGGAGCCGCCUUGAUACAAUCGAUCCUCACCACUCACCGAUCGGGAAAACUACGGCAGCGUUGCCCCACUAGCUUUUGCACUGGGUUACUGCAGUGCUUAAGUCUGUCUGGCAAAUUCAGCACAGCGAACAUUCACAAGCCUCGUAGUGUGGAAAACGUAUCUAUCCUCGCACCUCAGAAUGGCUCGCCCCAAACGUAACCUUCACGCGGCCGCCGAAGAAUCUACGACCCCACCUGAUGCUUUGACGCCCACUCAGAGCGUUGCGAGGGUCAUCAAGGCCGAAGGGAAUAGCCUGUACAGCUGCUUAUUACCCAAUCAGCAGAUUGUUCUAGUCGAGCUUGCGGCACGUUUCCGCAAUACGAUAUGGAUCAAGCGUGGUGGUUAUGUGUUAGUAGACCUGACGCCUCCCGAGGAGAAAAGGGGCAAAGUAGAGGGUGAGAUCGCAAACGUUGUCCGUGAGGAAAAGGAAUGGCGCAAGCAGAGCUACUGGCCGAAAGAAUUCGCUAAAGCAACUUUUGAUGAUGACGACGAAGACGAAGAGUCUAAUGUCGGCAAAAUGCCGCCCUCAGACUCUGAAGGAGAAGACUGAAAGUCAAGCUAUCA